GUUAGCUGCUGAGCUGGGAGAGAGAGAAAUCGCUUUGACCAGUUGGCGAGGUACUGGUGACCAGGCUUGAAGACCUUUUUUCAUGUUCCUCGGGAUUGUCAACAUGAUGGCGUACUACUUCGGGCGGUUUCCACCAACUCUGCUGGUUUGCUUGAUGCUGGUCGGGGCAUCUCAACAACAAGGCACAGAGACUACCGCUGUCCCACCUGCUGUAGACACUACAACUGGGAACUCUAUCUCUGAAGGUGUAGGCACAGAGACUACCGCUGUCCCACCUGCUGUAGACACUACAACUGGGAACUCUAUCUCUGAAGGUACAAUCUCAUGGACCCCUGUGAAACUGGAAUCACCAGCACCUGGUGGCCCAGUCCCAUCUGGGGCACUCGACAGUGUACCAGUCCUAACUGCCCUCGGCCCUGAGGCCCGUAACCUUUCAGGCUGUUGCUUGGAUGGCUUCAGGUACGACCAUGGUUGCCCAGCUGUCAUCAGUGGUGAUCCUAACAUCUGCACAAAUGGCGAAUGGAUUUUGCAAGGCACAACUACUGUUGGAGGAUAAAUCCUCACAAAAUCAGUGAACAUUUUGAAUGAGGUACAGGCCCUCUGCCAAAACUAAAUUAGGAGUGCAUAAUUUGAAAAAGUCAGAUGUCAACAUGGAUAUAUAAUAUACCCACUGUUAUUGCAGAUAUGAGGUGUCAAAAUUAACUUUGAAAUAUAUCUAGGCAAAACAAGCGCUUACUUCACUGCCUAGAGAACUGUGGAAUUUGCUAAAAUUAAAUUGUUCUUGUCAGUAUUUUAGUGAUGUUAUUGAGAGUUUUUCAAUCAGGAUUUAAU